UCGCGGAUCACUUGCACGAAAAAUUCCCGUCAUAUAGCAACGGUAAAUUGUCCUUAUAUCGAUCGAUGCUCGUAAGCUCUAAUCAACUUUCAAAAUUUGCAUGUCAAUGGGGUUUGGAUAAAAUCGCAAACGUUGAUUUGACACUUGCAAAAAAAAAUCAUCGAAUCUUGGGUGAAGCUCUCGAGGCAUAUAUUGGUGCUUAUUAUUUGGAUUGUUGUCAAGUGAAUGGUAAGAACGGCGCUCAUAUGAAGAAACUGCACCAAGCCGCAAUCAAAGUUAUUAUUAAGGAAAUCAAAGCUGCUAAAGAUGUAAAUGACGCGCAAGACACCAAGAAAACAAAGUCUAAGAAAGAAAAAUUGAUUCCUGAAGCUGCUAAUAAUCAAUCCAAUCCAGUUUCUUUAAAAGUUGAAACUCCAAUCUCGAAAGCUGCUGACACUACAAAGCAACAAAUUCCCAUUACAUCAAAGGAUACACAAGAACAUACUCAACAACAAGUAAAGGUGAUAAAAAAAGCUAAAAAGAAACAACUGGAAUCGAAAACUAAAAACACAUUGACCUUUAAUGUAAAGAAAGAACAAAACAUUAAAAACCUUUCACAAGACCUAGUAGCUAAAGAUAUAUCGAAGGAGAUAGAAUCUAAACAUCAAAUGCUCAAAGAAUUAAAACGCCGGAAAAAGCAACAGGAGGAACUAAAAAAAUUAUCAAUUAAACAAUUAUUGACGCGUCUUAAAAGACUCGUUUGA